GUCACCCAUACCAUCCGUCCUUUGAUCCUUUGACCUCUUGCCUCUUGAUCUCUUGCUCUCUUGGAUCUCUUGACAAUUCGACUUUGCAACUCGAUCUCUUGAUUUCUUGAGGCAAACCUAUCGACAUAACGCUCUUUACACAUCAUCGAUCAUCGGGAUACCUACAUACGUCGUCCCCCCCUCCCCAGCCCCAACCAAAACCAAAACCACCCAAAACACCCCGAUCAAAGUAAAAACAAGGAAGCCAGAAAAGGAUGCCAGUCCUCCCGUACCCAGAGCUUUAUAAGGACGCCCCGUUCGUCGUCCUCUCCGACUGGGACGGCACGAUCACCACGAAGGAUAGUAAUGAUUUCUUGACGGAUAAUCUCGGGAUGGGCUAUGAGAAGAGGCGGGAGAUGAACAAGGACGUCUUGAGCGGCAAGACGACGUUUAGAGACUCGUUCGCCGAGAUGCUCCAGAGCGUGGUCGCCAACGGCCACAGCUUUGCCGAGUGUCAGGAGAUCCUGCGACAAAACAUCGUCCUCGACCCCGGUUUCAAGACCUUUUUCAGGUGGUGUCGUGAGAACGGCGUGCCGGUCAUCAUCGUCUCGUCCGGCAUGGCCCCGAUCAUCCGGGCCGUACUGACCAACCUGAUCUCGGCCGAAGAAGCCUCGUCGAUCAACAUUAUCGCCAAUGACGUCGAGUUUACCGACGAGGGCAAGGAGGGCAAGACUUGGGAGAUCGUCUACCGACACCCCGAGAGUGGAUACGGGCACGACAAGUCCAAGGCGAUCUUGCCUUACCGGGACUUGGCGCACAAGCCCACCUUGUUCUUUUGCGGGGACGGCGUUUCGGACAUGUCGGCGGCGGCCCAUGCGGACUUGUUGUUCGUGAAAGAGAUGGCGAAUGGGGAUUCGGACUUGGCUACCUAUUGCAAGGAGAAGGAUAUCCCGCACGUGUCUUUCCGGGAUUUCAACAAGGUCCUCGAAGUCGUCCAGACCGUUGUCACGGGCAAAUCGAGCGUCUCGAGCGUCUUGGCCUCGGAGAUGGCGGCUGAGCGGGUCGAGGAGGUUCAGCAGGCCAACGCCGAGGUGCAGGCGACGAAGGAUUAGAGCCAAAGGGUGGUUGUUUGGCAGGGGGGGGGGGGGGGGG